AUGGACGACAGCUCGGACAAGAUCUCUCACCCUCCCCCUCGUGUCCCCAAACUCGAACUGCAAGACCCCGAGACCAGUCCCCCUACAUCCAACAAGAGCUUUCACACUGUUGAUCAAGCUACUUCCAUCGGGAAAGACACCGAGUCUGCGGAGAGUGCGGUGAUAGAUCCUCAAGGCGUAUCACUCAACACUAUCGCUCACUCGUCAUCCGAGCCCGUCUCUGGCGCUCAAGAUGGCCCUGAAACACCCAAGCUCCACCACAUUCCCAAAGAUCUCACACCUCACAAGCGGGAAAGCAAGCCGGAGCUUGGUGGCGAUAGCCUUUGCCAGACUCUUGCGGUGGUGCCAGGUGGCGGCAUCAUCAUGCCGAUGAGGAGGCUGGAUGAGAAUGGGCUGUACAAGAAGUGUGGGGAGCGUGUCUUGUUCUUCAGCAACCCGCGCAAUGAAUGUAUCAUCUGCUCCGAAAGCUUGGCCACGAUCCUCGACCGACACUAUGAAGAGUGUAAAGAGAGAGGAUGCGAGGUCCACGAGUUUACGUGCGUAUGGGCAUGUACACGGGACAACCAGUGUGAAGCUAUCGUUUGCCUCGACUGUGCGAUCGAUUACGCCAACCAUGAGCUGGCCCGUUUUCGUCCGCCCGCUUGUCCUGAAUGCGACUGCCUCUGGCCCAUCAACCUCCUUCGUACCCAAGCCGAGGGCUACAGACCUGAGCACUUGUACCCUAUCGUCCCCCCGUCGCUCGACCACCUCGUCGACGACCAGAACAACAUUGAAGCUCUUCAAGGAGGCAUGGACCGGUUCCGCCAGCUAUGGGUCCGCAACUAUAAGAGGAAGCUCGAUGAGAUCAAGCGAGACGAGUACUUGUGGUUCCUCCAGAUGGCAUACUUUGAGGGAGGGUUCGAGUUUGAGCCGAGUGUGGAGCAGCAGGCCGUACUGGCAGCGCUGUGGGAGGCGUCAAGCCCUUUGCCCGCAAAAGAUCUCGGUCCGGCAAGAAGGAGGAGUAUGGGCGCUUUCGAUCCGGAGUUGACGCCUCUUCCCCGACCAAAGACGUACGCACACGCCGCUCCUCCCCAGCCCGCUCCAUCCAGGGAUGCUCAGCCAGAGUCGCCUCCUCCUGGCGCACGCUCCAGCUCUCUACUUACUCGACCCGAGCUGCCUCGCCAGGUGCAAGCCGAGCCCAGCUUCAAUCGUCAACGCAUGCCCCUGCGAGGGAGUCGCGGCUAUGCCAGCUUUUCUGCCAUGCCCCCAACCAAGCAGGAGAACAAGCCGUCUGUUGAUGCUCAGGUCGACAAUCGGUCUGAUCCCAGGCUGUCUGGUGGGUCGAUCUUUGAGAGGAGUGUCGAUCCGGUCGUCGCUGUGACGCCAUUCUUGGAUACGCUUGGUCACACUGCAGAGAGGUUGCUGGAAGAGGGACAGUACUCUCCAGAAGGCCGAGUUCACAGGCAUUUGAGAAGGAUCAGCAGCUACGUUGAUCUGGCGAGGGAACAAGACGUUUUGGCCAGAGAGCAAGCCCGUCAGCUGGAUCUACAAGAGAGCAGGACCAAGAAGAAGAAGCCUCUUCUUUUGAAGAAGAUCGUGUCGCUCCCUUCCAUGAUCUUUUGCAAGGCGCCUGCCCAGGGUGCGGCAUCUCGAGCAAACCACGAUCCGCCGGUCAAGAUUCCCUUGAUCUCCAUCAGCGAGUUCAAUAGUCCUCCCAGAGUCACCACUGCUGCUACGCAAGCUGGUGCGAAUCGUGCAGGAUCCGAGAUGCAUCGGGCCGCCCUUACGACCACAGCCAAUGAGCGACCAGGCCAUGCGCGCUCUCACACAAUUUCGCCUCUCAUGCCCAGUCCUGAUGCUCCUCACGCCGGACCUGUCGAGCGACCGAGCCAUGGCCGCUCAGUAUCGGCUGGUCACAACAGGACCGCCAUCUAUGCUAGCGAGGCUCUUUUGACUGGCCACACCCCUUCGACCUCUACGGAACACUUUAUCAACGAGUAUCUGAAAGAAAGCGAGGAUGGCUCUGUGCAUUCCGGGAGGGACGAAAUUGCGGAUGCUGCUGCCCGCCUCGAGAAGGUUGAUGAGAAUACGGCUACUUCGGGCUCGGCUUCGACUGUCAGCGAAUCGACCUCUGGGUCCGUCAAAUCGGGGUCCGUCAAACCGGGGUCCGUCAAAUCGUCUGCCACCUCUGAGAAUGGUUCUACUGCGACAUCAACAUCUCGGACAGCUUCCUCGUAUAAACAAGCUACUCGCACGUCGUCCGUUGCCGCUUCUGCGCACAUUUUCCCCUGCACCACUGCCACUGACGGACAUGCCGACGGUAAAUCUGUCGACACCUCGGCUUCUGCUUCUCAAAAAUGGAGCGUCCAUCCACCACCCGAUCUGAAGCACUCUGCAUCCGGCGCUGGCUCUGUGCUUACGAUGGGUGAUACGUGUAUUGGCGUCACCAGCUCUGAGACUAGCCUUGCUACUCCCAACAAUCUCACUCGGGACCCGUCUGUCAUCUCCUUGAGUGCUCUCGCAGGCGGACCCAUUGUCAGGAGCCACUCGAACGAGAGCAUCUCACUCGGGGCUUCCUGCCAUCCAGACUUUGGACCUGAGCUCAAGCUUCAGCUGCAUUCCCUCAGGUCUCGGAGCAACUCUUCCUUCAACGUAUCCGUCAACACCGAGCGAAGCUCUGAUGGGUCGAGCACAACCAAUAUUGCGAUCGUGGAGAUUCCUGGGGGUGUUUUGAGCGGGAUUGAUCAUUAUAGCUGCCCUCCGGAUGAGACGGCCAAGAUGGCGAUCAAGGAGAGGAAGAGCGGGUACUUUGGUGGACUGUUCAAGAGGAAGCAGUGA